AUGUCUCAAAAGUUCUACGUCACCUACAACCAGGUCCACAAGUUGUGUCAGACCUCGGCCGAGGAGAUCCUCAAGGAGUUCCACCCCAACUUGAUGAUUGCCAUUGGCGGUGGUGGUUACGUUCCUGCCCGCAUCCUCCGUUCCUUCCUCAAGCGCUCCGGCGACCCCAACAUUCCCAUCCAGGCCAUCGGUCUCUCCCUCUACGAGGAUCUUGGUCGUGGCGAUGCCGAAGAGGUUCCCGGCACCAAGGUCACCCGCACACAAUGGCUUGACAUGAGCUCCCUCGAGAUGGCCAACUUGAUUGGCAAGAACAUUCUCAUCGUCGACGAGGUCGAUGACACCCGUACAACUUUGGAGUACGCCGUGCGCGAGCUGCAGAAGGAUGUGGAGCUUGCCCAGAAGCAGCUCGGUCGCGAGGGCGAGAAGACCAACUUCUUCGUCUUCGUUCUGCACAACAAGGACAAGCCUAAGAAGGGUGUUCUCCCCGCUGAUAUGAUGGACAGCGGUCGCUACCAUGCUUCCGUUACCACCAAGGAUGUCUGGAUUUGCUACCCUUGGGAGGCCAAGGACAUUGAUGAGCACGAUGCUCUGGCCAAGGAGAACCCCAUCAUCUAG